UUGAGUUUUUCUCUUGUCUAGCCAGGAAAAAAUUAGUUUUAUUUCCAGAAAAAAUGUCCAAAACACGCGAAAUUUUAACUUUACAAUUUGGUAAUUAUGCUAACUAUAUAGGAGCCCACUGGUGGAACAUACAAGAAUCGGGAUUUAGUUACGAUCAGUAUGGUGAACCAGGAGAAAUAUGCCAUGAUGUAUUAUAUCGCCAAGGAGUAAAUCAUAAUAAACAAACCACUUACACUCCACGCCUGCUAUUGGUUGAUUUGGAGGGUUCCCUUAAACACUUACCACGCGAGGGAGAACUUUAUGGCAAUAGCUUAAAAAGGGGAGGUCUAGAUGAUCUAGCCCAAGCUGAAAAUGUAACAGAACACGAGGCUGUUAAAAAGCUUAGAGAAGAUUUAGUUUGGCAACCUACGGAUCUAGAAGUUGUAGCCCAACCAGAAACUUCAAGAAAUGAAUUUCAAGCUGAUCUAGAUAAACCUGAAAUAAGUAUAGAGGAAAAAGAGUAUAAUCUAGCGGAAAAUGUGGAUACAUGGGCAGAUUUUUUGUAUGCCCGCUAUCAUCCUCGUACCGUCAACAUUGUUCAUCAAUAUCGUCAUGAUACCGAAAAGCAAACACUAGACACUUUCUCACGCGGCACUGAACUAUGGCAAUCGGAAGAGUUUGAGGAAGAUUUUUGUGAUCGUAUACGUCAGUAUGUGGAGGAGUGUGAUUUUUUGCAAGGUUUCCAAACGAUAUUUGAUUCAUUUAAUGGUUUUUCUGGUUUGGCUACCAAAUGUUUGGAGCAUUUGAACGAUGAGUAUGGUAAAGCGAAUAUGGCGGUGCCAGUUUAUUCGCCCAAUAAUAUGUUGUACGAAAAUGCAGAUGAACCAAUGUCCGAUUCUAUACGUGUCGUCAAUAGUUUAUUGACCUUCAAUCAACUUAUUGAGCAGGCCUCUCUUUUCAUACCUCUCAGUACACAAGAUCGUGUAUGGCGACAAUUGGGCUCUGCCAGAGAAUUUUCUUCGCUGCAAUAUCAACAUGAUAAUCUCUAUCAAACAUCAGCCAUAUUAGCCUCAUAUUUGGAUACUAUAUCUUUGCGCUAUCGUUUAAGAAACACACCCCCAACUAAUACAUUAUCUGGUUUUUGUGGAGAUCUCAAUAAUUAUGGACGUAAAUUAGCCUCUGCCGCUUUGUCCUUACCUUUUAAUAUGGAAUAUAAAAUGGAUCUUAUUGAUUGCUUGGAUAAAUUCGAAGGUUCUCUCUUUACACCAUUGACACCGAAUUGUAAAAUAGGCACCAACUAUGUUAUACAAUCACUCAGUGUACGUGGUAUACCCACAGAUCGUUUAAAGCGGCCACGUGACCAAGCUUCACAAAAUCAAAUGCGCAUGGCAGCAUACCGCUGUGAUUCAGUAUCUGAAAUGUUUCAAUUGUAUUUGCAGUGUUCUAAUCAUAAUGGUAUGGCACAUGUUACUUCAUUAAAGGCCGCCAUGCCUACACGUAUUCCUUAUCCAUGUGAAAUGUUUGGCGACAACCUAACUUCUUCAGGUUUUGUGAAUCCCUAUGAAAAACGCGCUAAAGAUGACAAGGUCAAUACGGUGCCUUGUGUAGCAGCCAUACAAUCGUCCAGUGAGUUGGGUGACACCUUAGAAGCUUUACACCGGGAGGCAAAGAGAAUAAAAAUAGCUAAGUUGCAUCGUUUUAAAGCGUGUGGCUUAGAUGAGGAUGAAUAUAAAGAGGCGUUGGAAAAUAUUUUAUUGUUUAAAGACAAUUAUGAAGAUAAUUUCGAAUUAUAGUUCACAAAGAGAUUGCGCAGAAGUACGGGUACUUAGUAUUUAAAUGAUGGCUAAACAUUGUAAGUUUGUAAAGCUUAAUUUAUACUUAAUGUAAUUGAAAAGUGUUUAUUAAGUUAUUACUUUGUAUUAAUAAAAGAUUUAUGAUAUCUUU